AUGAAUAUCAUGUAUACAAUAAGUAGUUUAAUACUAUUACUAAGUCAAAUAUUAUAUAUUACAUGUAUUUGGCAUCCAUCUAAUUAUCCAGUACAUAAUAAAUAUCCAUAUCAAUUCAAUACUUAUUAUCCAGCAAGAAAAUAUAAUGAAGAACAACCUAUGGUAGAACAAGUUAAAACAGUUAAAUAUCAUGGUAAUACAUAUAGACAAGUAAUGGGUUUGAAAUUACCAUUUCAUCAAGCUGAAAACUAUUGUAAUCAAGUAUUUACAUCUGAAUCACAUUUAGCAUCUAUACAAUCAGAUGAAGAAUGGAAAAUGUUAUCAAAAUGUUUUGGGGAUAACAGUUUAACUAAAAUAUGGCUAGGAGGGACGGCAGACCUCGUGAAUCAUCAGUAUAUCGUUUUACAAUGGUUUGAUAAAACAGCUUUCAAAUUCCUCCGGUUCCCAGAUACAGAGAGGGGUCACUGGCAGCAAAUCCUGAAGAACCGCCAGGGUUGUAUCAUUGGUAACUUGAAAAACAAUGGCCAAGGAGAAUGGAGCAUUCAAGCUAUGUCAUGUGAUGAACCGAAAGAGUUCAUUUGCAAAGAAACAAAUUCAGAUUUCCAAAAUAAACCAUGGGAUACUGAAAGGUCAAGACUUGUUUAUAUGCCUCAAGAAACACCGUUCCAACACUUUAAUCAACCCCCAGUCGGUAUUCUUUCAUUGCAUGGAGAUAUGUAUCAACCGAAAAUACCAACAGGUCCGAAGAAGUCAAUUAUUGCUCAUGUAUCUAAUGUACAGACAGUAAUACCGACAACAGAUAGCACAGAACAACAAGUGCACCCAACUCCACCAGUUCAGCCCAAAAUCAAUAACAACACAAUCACGAGGAUCAAUAUUAGUGAGUCCAAACAUUUCAUAAAACCAACAAAAAAACCAAAUAACAUGACUGAACUACAAGCAACUACAAUAAGUAGAUUCGCAAAUAAGAAUGUGAAAUUUGUUAUAAUCAAAUCAGAUGAGCCAAAAACAGUGCCCAAAGAAAGUAACAAUGAAAUAAAGUCGGAGCAAGGUAAAGAAACAAGUCCAGAAAACCAAUCUGGACCCGUUACAAUUUAUCUUCAGGGUGUUUCCGUUCCAGGAAACGAGUUUAAGGAAGGGGCCCAAUAA